AUGGCUCCAAUCGCCAUCACCCCCGAAAGCUCCGGCACGUCCACUCCGACCACCGCAUCCGCAUCCGCCCUCACUCAAGCAGGCAUCAAGCACGCCCUACCCAAGGCCAAUGGCGAGCAGGCACCUCUUGACGCCUCGCUCACCAUCACAACCCUCACAACAAAGCCUCGCGAUGUCCCUCAACCAGACAGCCCCGAGGUUCUUUCCCAGAAAGUCUGCACCGACCACAUGAUCUCUGCUCGCUGGACGAUCGAGAAUGGCUGGGAGGCUCCCGAAUUGAAGCCAUACGGACCAUUGAACAUCAUGCCCAGUGCAUCCGUCCUACACUACGCUACCGAGUGCUUCGAGGGCCUGAAGCUUUACCGCGGUUUCGAUGGCAAGCUUCRUCUGUUCCGUGUUGCACGUAACUGCGAACGUAUGCGGAAAUCUGCUGCCCGUAUCGCCCUUCCCGAUUUUGACCCAAAAGAGCUUGAGAAGAUGAUACUUGCACUCUGCGCGCAGGAUGGAGAUAAGUGGCUGCCGGAGUCGCGUGCUGGACACUUCCUUUACAUUCGUCCAACCUUCAUUGGUACCGAUGAGGCUCUUGGUGUGCAGAGGCCGCGGGAGGCUCUGCUGUAUGUGAUCAUUGCCUGCUUCCCGGACAUGACCAAGAGCAUGCCACCCGCUUUGGACGGUCGUGCAAACGGACAGAAGAGCACCAGCGGACUCAAGUUGUUGGCAAGCAACGAGGAUACUAUCCGCGCGUGGCCUGGCGGUUUUGGAUACGCGAAAUUGGGCGCCAACUACGGACCGUCACUUGUUGCUCAGGGCGAGGCUCGCUCAAGAGGAUUCGACCAGGUCUUGUGGUUGUUCGGCAAGGAAUGCUACGUGACCGAGGCCGGCGCCAGCAACUUCUUCAUCGUCUGGAGAACAAAAGACACUGGCAAGCUGCAGCUCGUCACUGCUCCAUUGGAGGAACGCAUCAUCUUGGAGGGAGUCACCCGUGCAUCCAUCCUCGAGCUGGCCAAGUCACGCUUGUCGCAAAAGGUUGGUGAUGUUGAAGAGGUAGAGGUCGUGGAGCAGCGAUUUACCAUGGAUGAUGUUCUGUCUGCGCAUCAAGACGGCAGAUUGGUGGAGGCUUUCGCCGCUGGCACCGCUUUCUUCGUCGCGCCAAUUGGUCUCAUUCACUUCCGUAACAAGGAUGUGUCGAUUCCAAUGUCCGCUGGCGAUAGCGGGGUCUACGCACAAACAAUCAAGCAAUGGUUGGUGGACAUCAUGUACGGUAACGACACGAAGCACGAGUGGGGCAUUGUCGUGAAAUAG